AUGGAAUCAAACUCAAAACGCCAGAGAAUUUCUUAUUCUCUGAAAAGCAAUAGGCAAAUAAAAUAUCAGGGUGGUGUUUCCUCAAGACGCCUGAACAUUUUGACGGGAGUCAUAGUCCGCGAAAAGGAAGAUAGGAUCAGCAAUUUACCAUGCAAAGUACUUUGUCACAUCCUCUCAUUUCUUCCAACAAAACAUGCAGUGGCAACUUCUGUUUUAUCCACCAAGGGGAAGAAUAUUUGGGCUUUAGUAGACUUUGAGGAUGGCUUAUUGUUACAUGAAGAAAACCUUAUCAAUAAACCAGUAGAAGAUUUGAGAGUGAGCUUCUCAAGUUUUGUGGAUAGAGUGCUCAUUCUACACAAUGCACCACGCCUACAUUGGUUUCGUUUGAAAUGUGCUCAAAAUUAUGAAUCCUCACAUGUCAAUGCAUGGAUUUACCAAGCACUACGGCGUCAUGUACAGAAGCUUCAUCUGUGUGUCCCCACUGUGCACGGUCAUCUUUUUAGAACUGAAUCACUGGUUUACCUAAAACUAGGCACGAACUUUGUGCUCAAUGUUCCUGCUUCUGUACUUUUACCAAGCCUUAAGACUCUCCAUCUGAACUCAAUUGAAUUUUCAGAUGAUGCUUCGACACAUAAGCUUAUUUCGAGCUGCCCUGUGCUAGAACAACUAUUUAUAGAGGAAUGUGGAAUGAAAAACAUACGUUGUUUUAACAUUUCUGCCCAUGCACUCAAGUGUUUGGCCAUGGAAUGUGCUAUAUUAGAUAAUGAAUAUGCUACAGAAUUCUGUGGGUAUAAAAUUGUUAUUGAUGCUCCAAAACUUGAAUACCUUAGACUAUAUGUGCUGGAGAUAAUCAAAGGUAUUCAUAAUGUCAAGGUCUUGCAUUUAACUGGUGAUUCUAUGGAGUAUGCUAGUCAAUUACUUAAGAGUUAA